AUGCGAAUAAGACCAGAAAUCAAUGCAGAGAGUAUAAGUUCGUUGGCUGCCAACAUUUCCGUUUUCGUAGUGGCCGCCAUUGUCCUAGGCGUUUCCGGUGACCACAGUACUUCCGCUUUCACGACAGAAGACGCUGUCUCGUUCUCGUACAUCUCCUACUUUAUCCUGGUAACUGGUGGUUCCUGUUGUAUUGCGUUCUACCUUCUGGUCCCGGAGAAAAAGCAAACAUGUGACGAGGCGAGUGACCAAUUCAACGGAUGCUGUUACAGGUCAAAGGCCAUUCUCCCAUACGGCAGCACGAGGGCGAGUAAUUUACGUAGAGGAUCCAAUAUGGCGACGCUGACUGUGGACAAUGGUAAACUGUCAGAUAGAAGACGGUCACUUUCUGGUGGUUCGGGUCAGCAAAUGGCCAGCAGACAAACAAAAACCUCACAAACUCUCCCGCCAAUAAAGGCUGAAGAAAACAGGGCAAAGUCACCUAACAGUUUGUCGAAAACCGGACACCUCAUUAUAAAUGUUAAAAAAUUGACUGACAGUGAUAAAAUGGCGAAUGGAGGUAAAGGUCAAGGGUCAGAGAAUAGAGGUCAAGGAAUUACUGUGAAGACAAGUUUAUCUGGAGUAGAUGAUAACAAAAAAUCAAACACGCAGGAUUCGCCAGGAAAAAGUAAGGUGCAAUUGAAAGCUUCAACAGAUACAGACAAAUCUCCGACACAAACAAGAAAACUCGACCUUAAGAGAACAGUGAACCUCGCUGUUAACACUACGAAAGUAAGUACUAAUUUAAAAACCAAACAGUUGCUGAAUCCCGGAGACAUCAAAACCGGAAAUAGAUCGCCUUCCCCGGGCGUUAGUGGGCGGAAAUCAAGCGAGGUUGAUACGUCACAAAAUGAAUCACCUUGGUGCUGUAUUUGUCCUCGAAAAACUGUCAAGGUCACUGGCAAGUCAAGGUCAUCUAGGCAGACGUCGGUCAAAAUCAGGACGGGAAAAUCAACAGACAAUUCUAAAAAUAGCUCAAGAGUUUCGGAAAAAUCAGAAUCAUGCUGCUACUGUUGCAGACGACAAAAAGACGAAAGAUCACGAACCAAAGUUCAAGGGUCAGACAAGAAACGGGAGUGUUGCCCAUGGUUCAAAGGAAUGUGUAGGAAACCAAAGUUCUUUAAGAGUGUCAUUAUCCACGCAUGCUCAAAACUGGCGUUCCUCAUAGCUCAGGUUUACAUGCCGCUUUACCUUACCGAGUCUCUGGCAAUGCACAAGAUUUCCACAGCCAUAGUUCCCCUUGUCGUGUACCUAGCUGGAUUUGUAGCCACAAUAGUGACAAGAAAGAUCAACGCCAAAUAUGGACGAAAGAGGACAUUCGCCAUAGGAGAAGGUUGUGUAUUGGGUGCAUCUGUCUGGCUUUUCUUCAUUCCUGUUGAGACUAGCGGUCAAGUGUACGCCACAGCCUGUCUUCUAGGAGUGGGACUGUCUACAUUACAGGUUCGAUCUGUUGCUAUGAUGACCGAUUUGACCGGAUCUCCUGUCGAUACAGGAGCGGCAGUGUUCGGUGUGAAUGAGAAGAUAAUUCAGGCUGUAGCUAUCAUUCUGCUACAACUACUUAGUCCUUGCAGACUUGACGCGGAUUCAGAUGACUGUAAGCUGUUCUAUAGGAGCAUCAUGCUGUCAAUGCCUGGAGGCUCGACCUUCAUAAGCUUUCUUGUACUGUCUCUAGCCAAGAUCGUCGGUAUUGACGAUGAGGAACAGGGAUUGGAAGUGUCUGACGGCAACGCUAUAGAGAUAAGCUCCAGUAUCGCCGUGUGACAUACAACCCAAUUGAAGGGUACUGGGCGAUGCCAUCAAAUCUUCAUAAACCUGAAUCAUUCCGAACUUUAUAUAUUCUUCUGCGUGAAUUUCAAUUACCCCUCAUUGUAUACAAACAUGCUUAUAAAUGUUUUCACAUCAAAUUGUGUAUUAUUUCUGUUAAAAU